AUCUCUGAAAUAAAUGAGGUAUUGGAAAGACAGAAAAAAGAGCUCAAUGUGAAGGACUUGAAACUGAGGGAGAAGGAUGACACCAUUUCUACAUUGCAAAAGCAACAUAGUAAUACGCAGGACAAGCUUGAAAAAGAGAUGAAGAAAAGCAAUGAACUAGAGACACAACUGAAAAUAAAGGACCAGCAACUUGUCAACAAGGAAGCACAACUAAAGGAUAAAAAUGAUGAAAAUAAUGCCUUGAUCAACAAGGAGAACAAACUGAAAGAAGACCUGAAGAAAAUCACAGAGGAGAAAAAUAAUUUGCAGGAGAAAACACAGAAAGAAAUCUCUGACAUAAAGGAGAAGUUAGAAAAACAAAAACAAGAGCUUGCGAACCAGGACCGCAAACUCAAGGAGAAGGAAGAAGCCAUUUCUACAUUGGAAAAAGAAAAUGAUAAGUCAAAGGCUGAGCUUGAAAAAGAGAAAAAAAAAUCCAAAGAUGUCAUCAAUGAGAAUAAGCAACUUGAUCAAAAACUGAAAGAAGCUACUGAAAAGGUGAAGGAACUUGAAGAAACUAUAAAUAAAACAAAUGAAACACCCAAGACUGAUUUCCCCAGGCUAAACAGAAACACUGCACACCGCAGACUCAUCCUGUCUCAAGAUGAUAGAGAGGCACGAACAUCUGCAUUAGCUCAGAAUGUACCCGACAACCCUGAGCGGUAUAACACAGCCAUUGCAGUUCUGGGAAUAAAUGGAUAUGACUCUGGAAAGCAGUACUGGGAAGUAGGGGUAGCUGGAAGAAACUGUUAUGCUGUGGGAGUGGCCAAAGAAUCAGCUCAAAGAAAGGGCAUUCUAAAAUAUGGCCCUCAAUCUGGCUAUUGGGUUCUUCUCAGGAAAAGAGAUGGACAACAUGUUAUUAUUGCUGAUAAUCCAGUUGUACUUAAUUUACCAGAUACACCUGUUAUUGGGGUCUUGGUGGAUUUUAACGGGAAAGUGAUAACCUUUUAUGAUGCGGAAAGAAGGCAGGUAAUCUAUAAGUUCAGUGGCAAUGAGUUUCAGGGAAAACUCUAUCCAUAUAUUGAGGCGUGCAGUGAUUCUAGUAUUAAUGACCCUCCUUUGAUCUUUAAAGAAGUCCAAUCCACCAAGUGGCUCCAGUAAUGAUUUCCAUGUAUUAAGAGUCUGUUGUUGUAAUACGCAAAACAUAAAUAGAAAAAGAAUUAUCAUCUUUGAUAAUUGGCUUGUGAGUGACUACUCCCCAUUGUAUGCUUGAAUGUCUUUGACUCUUUUACUUAAAUAAAGCAGCCAUAUUUGAUUAACAUCAACAU